AUGGAAGCCAAGUCAACGUCCUCGAAGCCCAAAAGAACAUUUCCGCCUCUCUACAAAAGCAUAGGCGACGAAGAUAAAGACAAAUUGGCCUUCAUCCACGUCCUAGAACGGUUGAAGACUCAGAAGCGAACAGGAUGGGUCAACCAUAACGUCGCUGGGCCAGAGAGUAUCUCAGACCAUAUGUACCGAAUGGCGAUGCUUUGCAUGCUCACCUCUGACGAAUCCCUGGACGUGUCGAAAUGCAUCAUGAUGGCCCUCGUGCAUGACCUUGCAGAAGCGCAGGUUGGCGACAUUGCCCCCAGCGAGGGGUUCACCAAGGCCGAGAAGCAUAAACUGGAAGAAGACGCCAUGAGGAGCUUUAUCCACGAGAUGCUUCAUGACUCGCCUGCUGCCAAACGGAUCGAAGCGCUCUGGCGGGAAUACGAGGAAGGAAACACACCCGAAGCCAAGUUCGUCAAAGGCGUGUGUUCUCUCUUCUGGUGCAUUAUUCGUUCAGUUCUAACCGUAGAUACAGACCUGGAUAGGUUUGAAAUGGCUUCACAAGCGCUGGAAUACGAGCGAAACCAAGGCAUCCCAACGUUGCAGCCAUUCUUUGACUCCAGUAUACCUUCCCUCCGUCAUCCAGAAGUGCGGAAAUGGGGAGAUACUCUUAUGGCGGAGCGUGCGGAACUCCACGGCUCUCGACAAACGAAAUGA